GCACGUGGGCACAUGAGUCUGGAGUCUGAGGGUAACCAGGAGCCAGCCGCCACUCCUGAUGCAAUGGUGCAGCCAUUCACCACAAUCCCGUUCCCGCCRCCCCCACAGAAUGGGAUCCCCACGGAGUACGGGGUGCCCCACACUCAGGACUAUGCAGGCCAGACCAGCGAGCACAAUCUGACGCUCUACGGGAGCACGCAGCCGCACGGCGAGCAGAGCACGAACACGGCCAGCACGCAGAACGGAUCCCUCGCGCAGACAGAAGGAGGGGCACAGACAGAUGGACAGCAGUCGCAGACGCAGAGCAGUGAGAACACCGAGAGCAAAUCCACUCCAAAACGGCUCCAUGUGUCCAACAUUCCCUUCCGCUUUCGGGAUCCCGACCUUCGGCAGAUGUUUGGGCAAUUUGGCAAAAUCCUUGAUGUAGAGAUCAUCUUUAAUGAGCGUGGCUCCAAGGGAUUCGGGUUCGUAACUUUCGAGAAUAGUGCUGAUGCAGACAGGGCCAGGGAGAAAUUACACGGCACCGUGGUAGAGGGCCGUAAAAUCGAGGUUAACAAUGCCACGGCACGAGUGAUGACCAAUAAGAAGAUGGUCACACCGUAUGCAAACGGUUGGAAGUUGAGUCCUGUGGUUGGAGCGGUGUACGGCCCUGAGUUGUAUGCAGCGUCCAGCUUUCAAGCAGAUGUCUCGCUGGGCAAUGACGCCGCAGUGCCCCUGUCAGGAAGGGGGGGUAUUAACACUUACAUUCCUUUAAUCAUUCCAGGCUUCCCCUACCCGACGGCAGCGACCACGGCGGCCGCGUUCCGGGGCGCGCACCUGCGGGGCCGAGGACGGACCGUGUACGGGGCAGUGCGGGCCGUGCCCCCUACAGCCAUCCCUGCCUACCCGGGUGUGGUUUACCAGGACGGAUUUUACGGUGCUGACCUCUAUGGUGGAUACGCAGCCUACAGAUAUGCACAGCCUGCUACUGCAACAGCAGCCACGGCCGCUGCGGCCGCUGCAGCAGCUUACAGCGAUGGUUAUGGCAGGGUGUACACAGCAGAUCCUUACCAUGCCCUUGCCCCUGCCGCUAGCUACGGAGUUGGCGCUGUGGCGAGUUUAUACCGAGGUGGCUACAGCCGAUUUGCCCCCUACUGAAGUGACGUGAGCCCCCUGCAAGUGGGACAGCCCCCCCAGUUCAUGAGGCCUGGCUAUUGCAAUAUUUACUAGUAGAGGAACUCUAUAGCAAGACGAGGAGGAAAAACAAAAAAAAAAACAAAAGAGAAAAUACUUUUUUAUACCUCACUAUGUUCUUUGAAUAUGUAUUUUUUUCCUUUAAAUUUCUGCCUUUAAUUCUUUUGUUCCAAAGAUUGUGCUUUUUUUGGUUUUCUUUUUUUUUGUUUGUUUGUUUUUGUUUUUGUUUUUUUUUUAACUGUGGUAAAAAUAAUGCAUUUCCGUGUCUGUAUGUUGGUGCAUAGCUUAUCCUACCAAUCACGGAAAAGGCGAUUAGUGAUAAGGAAUGCUGUUAGAAACCAGUAUCAUGCAAUUAAUCAGGAACACGCAGACAGAGUUACUUCCCUGGGUCUGGUGCUUGGUGCCUGUGGGACAGGAGGAUGCGAGUGAGAAAUCUCCACCUGCUGUGUUUCUGGUCUGCAGAAGGAAGCACUCUCUGGCUGUGGCUGGGACCGAAAUCCUAGUGGGAAAUAGUUCAGAAUAGUCACGUGCAUUUGGAAAAGGGGAAUGCAGAGACUUUCCWUGUAUUUUAUCAACAUCUGAUGUGCACAGGUUUGGGACAAUGUCAGGCAAGAGAAGAUUCCCUGAACCUCCUCAAAGACUGUGGCUCUUAGCUGCUCUGUGGGGGACAAUGRAUUUUGAAAUUACUUUUUGAUGAUUUCUCCCCACCCACCCACAACUUAUUCUAGCUGAUUAUUGUCCAUUGCUGCUGGUUGUAAUUAUCUUAGUUUUACUUCCUCCUUCUCAAGAUCUUUCUCCCUUGCUGCCCYUUUCCUUCUUUCCUAGAGGAGUGACAUAUGUAAUGAUAAGUAAUGCCACGCCACAGAGUACUUGCAUUAUGGACAGCAAGUGGUUCAAACUGCAGAGGUGAAGCAUGUGCAGCCUUGAUGAGGAAGAAAGCCAGCUGAGGAGCCACACAUCCGUGCCGUGCUCGGGCACACUGAGGUCCAGCAUGCAGGGUCUCUCCUCCUGUUCAUCCUGAGCUGCUUUGGCACUCCCACCAAAAAUCUUUUUCACACACUAUGAGUGAGAGAAAAGUCAUAUAUAAGCUGCUGAGGGGCAAACGUGUUGGUUUGUGUGGGCGAAGAGGAUCCUGUGUAUCCAAACRUGAUCCUGAAGUGGUUUUGUUGAGCUCAGGAGCUUGGGAGGAGGCAGAAGCAAUUUGUACAAGCUAUGAAUUCAUAGGAAUUUCCCACCACAAGCUAUUUAAGACUUUACAUAGUCAUCUUGGAGCCCCUGGGUCCGUUCUGCCUAACCUUUCAGUAUCCAGAAUAGACAAGCACCUGGACUGCUGGGUCCGUACUUGACACUACAUAUUGCAAGAUUCAGAAGCAGAGAGACAAAGAGGGCUCCACACCUCCCAAGACCAUCUCCCUUCUGCUCUCAUGAAGAGUGACUUGGCUGUUCUGCAAGGUUGGCCUUUUCACAUUGCUGUGUGAUUAGCCCUGUGGUAGAGAGUUGCAGCUCUG